ACUGUAAGAAAAAGACUCAAACCCCAACUCAACCUUGGGUUUAUCAAAAGAAAAAAAUAAAACCUUAUUUACCAGCUUAUCUUGUUCUUACCCUUACUCUCACUAUUUCAAAUUUGAAAACCGUUUUAACCCUCCACCCUUUCAUUUCCAACUCCCCAUGUUAAUUGUUAAGUUAAGCCCGCGUCUCACUCUCUCUUUCUUUGACUACCUCGGUCACGCCCCACAUCUCCAUUGACCAACAUCCUCCAUAUUUUUAACCCUCUUCUCUUUCAGACAUUUCAUCAAACAGGUUUCUUUUCUUUCUGUCAAGCAUGGAUGAAAAAUCCCCCAAAAAUGUAAAGCUUGAAACUUUGCCUGUCACCAGCACUCUUAAAGACCUUUGUUUGAAUAAUAAUGGCGUUAGCAUUUCCGGGUCUGAUUCUAGUGUUUGUUCUAGCAAUAAUGGAAGUAUUAGUAGUAGUAGCAGUAGUAGUUUUCAAGAUGCUAACUUCAAUAAGAAUAGUGUUAGCAUUAGUUUAUGUAGUAGUAUUUCUGAGUCAUCUCAUAAAAUUAGUCUUAGUAGGAAUGCUGAUUCUGUUGUUACUGACUAUGAAGAGAGUCAAAAGAGUAAUCUUGAUGCAAAUGAGUGUAGUGGUUUUAAGAGUUUUUGUCCAUCGAAACCUCAUAAAGGAAAUGAUAUAAGAUGGGAUGCAAUACAGCAUGUUAAGGGCAAGGAUGGGGACUUGGCGUUAGCUCAUUUUAGGUUGUUGAAGAAGUUGGGGUGUGGAGAUAUAGGGAGUGUGUAUUUAGCUGAGUUAAGAGGGAUGGGAUGUUUGUUUGCAAUGAAGGUUAUGGAUAAAGGGAUGUUAGCUGGCAGGAAGAAGUUGAUAAGAGCACAAACUGAGAGAGAAAUAUUGAGUUCGUUAGAUCAUCCAUUUUUACCUACCCUUUAUUCACAUUUUGAGACUGAGAAGUUUUCUUGCUUGUUAAUGGAGUUUUGCAGUGGUGGGGAUCUUCAUAUUCUCCGUCAACGACAGCUGGGCAAGCAUUUUUCAGAAACAGCAGCACGGUUUUAUGCUUCAGAAGUCCUUCUAACCCUUGAGUAUCUACACAUGAUGGGUGUGGUGUAUAGGGAUUUAAAACCUGAAAAUGUUUUAGUGAGGGAGGAUGGCCACAUCAUGCUAUCUGAUUUUGAUUUGUCAUUGCGAUGUUUUGUCAAUCCUACUCUUGUGCAGUCCAGUACUGGGGCAACUUGCAGGAUCACUUCGUACUGUAUUCAGCCGGCCUGCAUUGAUCCAGCCUGCAAACUCCCAGUAUGUGUAGAGCCUGCUUGUUUGCAGCCGUCUUGUUUCAAGCCUCGAUUUCUCAGUUCCAAAACAGCAAAGGCAAAAAGUGAAAGAACAAAUUUGAUAAAUUCAGAUUCAUUUCCUGUACUUAUUGCAGAGCCAACUAAUGCACGCUCCAUGUCUUUUGUUGGGACCCAUGAAUAUUUAGCUCCUGAGAUAAUAAGAGGGGACGGUCAUGGGAGUGCUGUUGAUUGGUGGACAUUUGGUAUUUUCUUGUAUGAAUUACUGUUGGGAAGGACUCCAUUUAAAGGCAAUGGUAAUCGAGAGACAUUAUUCAAUGUGGUUGGUCAAUCCCUAAAAUUUCCAGAGGGAUCUUCAAUCAGUUUUGGUGCUAAGGAUUUAAUCCGUGGUCUGCUUGUGAAGGACCCUCAAAAGAGAUUAGGUUUCAAAAGAGGUGCCACAGAGAUCAAGCAGCAUCCUUUCUUCGAAAGUGUUAAUUGGGCUCUUAUUCGCAGUACGCAUCCUCCAGAAAUCCCUAAACCCAUCGACCUCUCAUUUCUAAACCAAGCAUUCAAGUCAUCCUUGCCUCCAAAUGAGAAGGGAGCCACAGACUCAGACAGGUCAUCUGGUCCUUACUUAGAUUUUGAAUUUUUCUGAAUUUUGGCGGGAAGCUACAGUGGUUAUUCUUGAGGUGGUUAGUUAGAUUGUUGAUGUGUGUAUUCAUGUUCUCAAUGAAAUCUUAUCUCCUUUGCCAGAUUACUUGCCUUUUGCAUCAAAAGUAAAUGUCUUACUGUUGUGAUUCCUACAGUUGCUAUCUGGCCAAAAACUGGGGCAUGAUAGGGAGGGACGAUGAGCCCACUUGAAACAUGAAUUCCUUUUCAAUUGCUUCAAAAAGAGGACAAAAAUUGAAGCAACUUUUGCUGU